UUGAAGCAUAGCAACCGGCUCGACCAACUUCACUUCAACUGCUGUUGUCUCCAGCUUCAGAAUGCAGAACUGGCUGGGAGUGAAUGGCGGAGAGCAAUGACUGAGGAGCUUGAUGAAGAUGUCGUGUUUGAGAAUUCUCCUCUUUUCCAGUACCUGCAUGAUCUCGGGCACACAGACUUUGAGGCAUGUCCAACGGCUGUGCGGGAGGAGGAGGGUGGCGAGUCAGAAGGAGGCUUGAAUUCUGCAGGCAGUUUUUCUCAAAAACAUCAUGGUGGGUGGUUAUGGAGGCUGGCUAACACCUUGCAGCGAUGGAGCUUGAUGAACCCGGAGGCUGCAGGUUGUAAAGUGGAGCAACAGCUGGACUGUGUGUUUGGCCAGUAUUCGGUGAGGUGCAUUCUGGACCAAGAUGUGCUGCUGCAGGAGGAUGUGGAGCUGAUCGAGCUGUUAGACCCCAGCUUGCUCACCCUGAGCUCGUCACCCUCUGGCUCCCCCAGCCUUGUGAAUGCCCUGCCCAGACCAGGUUUCAUCGCCAGCCCCUCAUUAUGGGACAUGGCCGGACUGGUAGGCCUGGCUGCAGUGCUGCUGGGUCUUUGCUCCAUCUCUGGGGGACUGUGGUCGCUGGCUGCAGUCCCGUGGGGCCUGGCUCUGUUGGGCUGGGUGGGGCUGAGGGCUGCCAUGCUGUGGAGGCGAGCCUGUGUGCAGAGAGCCGUCCACACCAGAGCCCUGGAACUUCAGACUCUCGUCCAGACAGACAAGAGCCUGACCAGCCUGUCGCGCAAAGCCCUGCGGCUGGUCCAGGAGACAGAGGUCAUCUCCAGAGGGUUCACACUGGUGAGUGCGGCCAGCUCCUUUAGCAGGGCCGGGCCGGGGGCGGUGCCGCGUGGCCACCAGCUGAUUGGACUGAGGAAGGCCUUGUACUGGGUGCUUCGUUCUGCCUUCAGAGCCACGCGCAGAGCCACAUGUCACAUGCUCAAGACAUUCCCUUUGAACUCUGAGACUGACAAUGUGACCAACUAUGUGUCUGCGGUGCCGCUGAAGGAGCUGGGGCUCGGCCUGGGAAUCGAGCACCUUGGUGAUGAAGAGGCCCAGGAGCUAACCGAUGAUUACAGCCUGCCUGCUCUCAAAAUGCUGUUCCAGCUGUGGGUGGGACAAAGCUCUGAAUGUUUCCGUCGACUGGCUCUUCUUCUGUCUCCAUGCCGAUUAGAGGAGCCAGAGGAAUCAGAGUCCAAAGGAGACAGGACUCCUCGGCCUGCACUGCACCGGUCCAUUGCCACGGUAACGGAACCCCUCAGUCACGCUCUGGCCGGUUGCCUCAGUGAAGUGCAGCGCAGCUACAACUUCCACCGUCACUUUGAGAUCCAGCCGAGGACUUCGUGCUCUGAUAGGAUGGGACGAGCCAGGGAGAAGUGUCGAGAACUCAACACCCUGCACACAUCCAUCCGCAGCCUGCAGCUGCACCUCAAAGCCUUGCUGAGCGAGAUGAUCAUCCUGGAGGAUGACCUGGAGAAGCUGAUGGUCUCCAAAGAUCCGAUGGAGUUGACCUUUGAGGGCUACCAGGACCUCAGUGAGCGGCUGCAGCAGCUCCAGCCACACAUGCAGGCCAGCGCCGGCUGCUGGGAGGACACAGUCUGCCAGGUGGAGCGUAUGUUGAGACGGGCCGGCACCUGUGCAGGUAUCACUCAGGGUCUGGAGCAUGUGACCUUCCUGGACCCAGGUUCCUCCUCCUCCUCCAUCCUACCCUUUGAUCCUGACAGAGAUCCCGUGCCAGAGGAGCUGGAGUGGGAGGCCUACGUGUCCGAUUCAGACUCCGACGGUGAAGGCCAAGGUUCUUGGUGUGACAUGAUGUCACCUGAUGAACGGGAACGCCACCGGCGGGAGAGGGAGGAGUCUGGGCGUGUCCUCUCGGAGCUGAAAGCUGUGUUGGGCUUCCGUGCCUCAGAGGGGGAAAGGAUGAAGCGGAAGCAGCUGUUGUUCAACGACCAAGCCGCUGUGACACCUUCUGUUCACCGUGGGAGUUCAGAACCAUCACCAGAAAGUGGCGGUGAAGAAGGAAACCACCUGUUGGAGUGCACUCUGGGAAAUGAUGGAGAGUGGGAGGAAGGAAAAGGUGGCAGAGUGACACCUGACCCCUCUGUGGAUCUGCUGAUGGAGUUCAGCUGUGGUUUGGAGCAGGAGGAGCAGGCGGUGGGAGGUGCUUUGACCACGGUGGGAGGAGGUGGAGCUGAGCUGUACCAGUAUGAUGGGGUACAGGAGGAGGAGGGGCAGAACGGUCUGGACUGUUUCCUGAAAGCUCGAGUCCCAGUCGUCUCCAUGAUGGACAGACUGACAGAGAUCCAUGGCUCAGAGGCGCUCAGCUUCAGCUCGGCUCUCGCCACCCAGGUGGCGGCACGUUCGCAUGCACUCAUCGCCAUGCAAGAGCAAACGUUCGGAGACGAAGAGGAGGAGAGCGACAGAAAAAGCACUGAGUCGGACUCAAACCUGAAUCCGGCUGCUUUCAGCAAGCACUGAGCACAGACGCACUGUCUGACCCCUUUCUGCGCGUUGUAUCCACUGAUCUGUUGCAUCUCGUUUAUGGUGUGAAAUAUUUCAAACCGCAAAGCUGUCAGUCAUCCGUCCACAUUACCCACAAUUCAUACUGCUGUUUUGCUGGUAAAACUCAGGUACCAGAACCACAUGAGCAAAACGCGACGUCAUGGCAAACGAGCGUGUCAGCAGUUAGCAUGGCCGUGUUCCCCCGCUGCUCCGCUGUAAAUGAUUCUCCGCAGCAGCUGAAGAAAUGCGAUAGUAGAAAACCGGCGAUAACUGAGCUGCUCACACAUGAUAAGACGGGUGGGCGCCGCCAGUCCAGCGUGCGUUUGACACGGACCACACACCGAACGUGUUAUUACAGGACAUCUUCAUCAUUUGGUAAAGUUUCACUUUGACCGUGAUUUUGUUCAUCAGUCAUCGCUUGCCCUCGAACUUGAACCUGUCAGACACAACAUCCAACAUUUUAAAACCCUAAACUGAGUCUGAUUUGUGGAAUUGGCACAGACGUCAUUUUUCUGUUGGUGGGUUUAUGUCCUCAGAGUGCCAUUUUUUUUUAAAGCAUGAAGAUUUCAAGUGUUAAAGUGUGUGUGUGUGUGUGUGUGUGUUACAUCACAAGAGCUUUAACUAAUAUGGUUAUUUAAACUUUUUUGUUUUUAAACAAAACAUCUAACAUUUUGCCUAUAAUGUGAAAAUAACAGUAAAAGACGCUUAUAUCCUCAUCAAGCCUCAGAGAUCCAGUUCUUGAUAUUUAGGUGAUUUUUGCAAAAUUGUCCAAACUAGUUUUGUGAAUAUAGUUGUUUUUUUGUUCUUUGGGAUGUUUUAAAAACCAGUUAAACUGUUAAUAUUUGGUUUAAAUCUGCUAUGAAGCAGCACUGUUUAAAGCUAAGUAUUUUAAUGGAUUAAGUGUAGUUUAAGCUGUUGUGCAGGUUUAGACUGGUUUAAAACCACAUCAAAAUAGGCUUGAU